CGGGGGCAGUCAUUCGAUGAUUUUCCCCCCUUAAAAAAAAAAAAAAAAGUGUUCAGUUCUUUCCUUAGUAAGUCUGGUAGACAAAGUAUCGUAGGUAUACUUACGGGGUUGGUACCUAUGUAUACCUACGAUACUUUGUCAUGUAUUGUAUGAUCCUAAAUAGCAUUGCCAUAGAUUUUAAACUCGAGACCACCACAACGUUUUUGUCAAUACCUAUAGAGUUCGUUGCUAUAGUAACAAAGGGUGUAAACAAAAUAAUCAAAAUCAUCAUGACAACAUGUUUGACUGUGGUGUUUGACAUUGUAAAUUGUUCUUACUUUCAAUAUUAGUGCCUGUGUUUGCUAAAUAUUUUUGAAAGUAUUGAUACAUUUAUGUUAUACACUAUAAAAUUUAAAUUAUGAAACAUGGAAAAAGACUUAGAUCCAGAUAUAAUAAAAUUAACCCAGUUGUCCUUAGGCAAAUACGUUAAACGGCCUCCGUUAAGUGACAAACUGCUGAAAAAGCCACCGUUCAGAUUCUUACACGAUAUUGUUACGACGGUAUUAAAGACGACAGGCUUUUUUGGAAAUUUGUUUGAAGACAAUGAAUUAGUAUCGGAAAAUGUUAAAGACAGAGACAGUAAAAUAUUAUUUCUCAAUAAAGUAAUAUUUGUUCUGAGUAAAACCACAGGAAAAUCGAUCGCUGCAAAACCAUCCAAAAUAGUUGCAGGUCAAGAACCUGAAAAAACUAAUGAAUUACUUCAAUGUUUAGCUCAGGCUCUCGAUGAAAAAUUAUCUUCCGAUGAAGCUGUAAAAAGUUAUAAGGAAAGCAUAAAGUCAACUCAAUCAUCUGAUGCAAAAAAUAAAGAGCCAAUAAAGUCAACAAAGAAAACUAACGAUACAAAAAAAAUAACAUCUCGUAGCAGCGAAAAAUUAACUAAUCAAAGGAAUGAGGUUGCGCGGUCUACGUCUAAACAAGAUAAGGAUAAGGCAAAUGAUGUCAAAUCAAAAAGAAAAGAAAAUGGGUCGGUUAAAGUGGAUUCUCAGAACCCGAAGAAAACACAACAAUCAAAAACAGUGAACUCUAAAACCGGUAAAGAUAAUAAUGUGCCGAAAGAGGAUACCACAUAUACGCGCCAUAAAAAUAUACCGUCAUCGAAUUCUAUAGACAAAGGACAAAGUUCACUAAUUAAAACUCAAUCACAGGAAUCUGAUACAUAUACAGAAAAAGACGAUCAAUUAGGAAAAAUCACAAAUGAGACCCAAGUUUUAAGUCCUAGAGUAGAAAACGAUGAUGAAGGAACACUAAAUACCUCCUAUACAAUUGCAGAAAAAGAUUUAAAUUCAUCAGCAUCAUCAAAUGAUUUAAAUGAUAUUGCACAUAAUGAUAUCAAAGAUCAAAUUAACUCCCAAGAAGCAGAUGUCAAUAAUGAAGCACAGUUAAUUGAACCUGAUCGCCAAAUACAAACUCAUGACGACUUAAACUAUAACAUGAAGAUGAAAAAUUUUGAUACAAGUACAAUUGCGCAAGAAAAACAAAAGGACCAACAUAGUAGUAAUGAAUUCGAAAAUAAAUCUGUGAUCUCUGAACAAGAAACUGUGUCUGUAGUGAAAGUUCCAAUGUCAACCACAAAUGAACCAAAAAAUCCACGACCGCCAAGUGUAAGGCCUUCGUCUUCUAGGCCCGGAGCUCCGCGAAUGAGAGAAAAGCUUGACAAUGUUAUAAAAGACUCUGAUAAUCUACUUUUGGGUAAAGUAAACAUUAUUGUUGAAAAUACCCAGAAUGAAGAGGAAGAAGAAACGAACCUUAUACUGAUGGAACAUCAGGGAAGCACGGGCUCAAGUCCUCAAGAUCAGCAAGACAUGCAACUACCAUACGCAUCUAACGAACAUGGACAUCUGGUACAACAAAUUUUAGAUUCCCAAAAGGAACUGUCUCACAUAACAGGGAAAACAGAAAUUGAGUGGCAAUUUGGAGCUCAAAAGGCAAGAGAAGCGAUAAACCAGGAAGUUGAGCAACUUCGGUUUAAUAUCCAAGCUAUGUCUCGGGUAGCAAAUCCCCUCGGGAAGUUACUAGAUCACAUCCAAGAAGACGUAGAAGUAAUGCGUCAGGAACUUCACCAGUGGUCAAACAUUUAUGAAGAUGUAACCAAGGAGAUGCAAAAACAGAAGACAAUUAAUGAAGAUUCACUGACGCCAUUUUACACUAAAUUAAAACAAACAGAACGGGACAUUGAAGAGAAGCAUGACAAAAUAAACGAUCUCAAAAUAUUGAUCCAGAAAAAUGCUUCAAGAAUUGAGAAGUUGUUAAUGAGUGGGAGUGUGCAAUAAUAAAUGUAAUUUACAUUUAAAUAAUAAAUACAAUCCAAGUUAUUAUUGUAUUUGAUUACAUCGUUACCCUUCCUGAUUACUGUACGAUUAAGGCUCUUAUUACCUACUUAAGGGCAGUUUUACAAAAUGAAGAUCGGUAAGCGCGUUUAGUGUAGAGGUGCACCUUACACCAUUGAUUCUGUGUAUAGCGUCUUUUGGAUCCUUUGGCGUGCUUGAAUGAAGAAGCUAAUUUUUAGAGCUACAGGCUUAAACUUUGUUUAAGAUUAAAUUAUUGGUUUUCUAUUAUUGGUUAUCUAGGCAACGGCGCCUAAUGUAUCGCUUUAGCAACCAAAUUAAAAAAAUGCACUUAUGUCUAGGUAUGUAGAGGUAGGUAUGCUUGGAUAGUAGUAUUAUAUGAAGGAAUGACGGCUAUGAGAGGGAUUAUGAUGCAUUUAUAUCAAUGUUUU